CUCCAGCUCUGCUGUCGGCGUUUGCUUCCUUUUUGGAGGGAAAGCUUUGGGAACUGCGACCGGACUGUUCAUUUGGACAGGAAGAGCCAGUAUGAGAGUACGCUGGUGGUGAGUGUGGAGAGGACAGGACAGGACAGGAUGCCCGCCAGCGGCGCCGACUCGCUGAAACCCAGCGCCUUCAUCCCGGUGUGCACGGCCGCUUGCCUCCUGGUCGGCUCUACCUCCCUGUUCUUCGUCUUCACAUGCCCGUGGCUGGCUGUGACCAUCUGCCCUGCUGUGCCACCAUGCUGUGCCAUCCUCUUCCUUUUUGUGCUGGCCAACUUCACCAUGGCAACCUUUAUGGAUGCUGGUGUCCUCCCAGUCGCUAAUGAGGAUGAGGACAAAGACGACGAGUUCCGCGCUCCGCUGUACAAGAACGUGGACGUGAAGGGCGUCCAGGUGCGGAUGAAGUGGUGCGCUUCGUGUCAUUUCUACAGACCGCCACGCUGCUCGCACUGCAGCGUCUGCGAUCACUGUGUGGAGGACUUUGACCAUCACUGUCCCUGGGUGAACAACUGCAUCGGGAGGCGCAACUACCGCUACUUCUUCCUGUUUCUGUCGUCGCUGACAGUUCAUAUGAUCUGCGUCUUCACCUUUGGCCUCAUAUACAUCCUGCACCACAUGGACGAAUUAUGGAAGCUGCACUGCACUGUCACUUUGGUAGUGAUCAGUAUAUCAGGGCUGUUUCUUAUCCCGGUCCUUGGUCUCACUGGAUUCCACUUGUACCUUGUGUCCAGAGGGCGCACCACAAAUGAACAAGUAACUGGGAAGUUUCAAGGUGGAGUAAAUCCUUUCACACGAGGUUGUUGUAACAACCUGGAGUAUCUGGUUUGCAGUCCUAUCUCUCCAAAGUACACAGCAAGGCCCUAUAAGAAAACGCUCAUCCACGUUCAACCUCCGUUCCUGAGACCAGAGAUCAGCAGGCAGAUGCCGGUGAAAGUCAGGGACAACGGGAUACAGAGUCAAGACCUCCAAACUAAACAAACCUCAGCCGGAGCUGUCGAGCUGUCAGACAUCAAGCAGCUGAAAACUCCACCACCACUGCCACCAAAACCAGACCAUGGCCUGUUGAAAAGCCAUCUAGCUGCCAUGGAUGAGAUGGGACAUCAUACCAAAUCCAUCAUUCCUGUAUCCAUUCCCACUGUGCCACAGCUACGGCCAGUCCUGGAGGCCAUAUCCAGAGGAUCAUCACCCAUCCCCCCGGAGCAGUUGCUGAAGACAUCAGAGCAGCAAGGGAACAGCAAAAGUCCUGACCUCCGCUCUGAGUCCAGAGAAAGCCCUGCGAGAGGCAGACAGCAGGCGGGCCUACCUGUCCAGCCUCCCCUCCAGACCAGCACCGCCUCCGGCUCGCUGCAGCUCAACUCUCUGACUCUCAACUCCCGCUCCCUCACCCUCAAACACAGCAACCGGCACGCCAUGCACGCUGACGGUUUGGGAUCCAAUCCCCCGCUGGGCAUCGUCUCUUCCUCCAGCCUGCUGGCCAACCACAGCAGCAGCAGCAGCAGCAGCCUCUCCUAUGAUAACCUCAUCAGCCCUGCAGACCCUCAGUUUCUGAGAGGGGCCCCUCCAGUCAGCUACCACACUCACUUCAUGACCCUGGGCACGGAUGGGACUGUGUUGCAGCGGACCCCUCCUCACGCCUACAGUCCUGUGUUUAUGGGCAUGACCAGACAGUCUCCCCAGCCUCGAGAACCCUCGCCCUCUUUGAAGGGUCUCACCUCAAGGGAUCCCUCGCCCUCCUUCCAAGGUUUCAUUCAAAGAGACCCUUCUCCAGCUUUUCAAGGGCUGAUGCCGAGAGACCUUGCAUCCCAAAGUGUAGCAACGCGAGACGUUCCACCUCCAGGUCUGGCCAUGCGAGACAUGACCUCUCAAAGUCUUCGAGACAGCCUCCGUGAUCUUGGUCCGCAGAGCUUGACACCUCCGAAGUCUGCUGCUGCGCGCUACGACAACUUUUCAAAAAGCAUCAUGGCAUCCAUCCACGAGAGACAGGAGAUGGAGGAGAGGGAGAGGAUGCUGCGUCUCCAAGCCAGAUCCCAGGCGCUCUAUGGCCCGGACAUGGGGAUCUACGACAUCCCCAGCAGGCGGAGUCUACCACCGGACAACAUCCGACCCCCAGGCUCCCGUGGACUGACGCCUCCGGCCUAUGGCUCCAGGGAGUUUCUGAUGAGCACGGGUAUCCUCGGUUACGGCAUGAGGACCUCGCCCCUGUCGAGCUCCUCCACGUCGUCCCUGACGCGAGGCCCGAAAACCUCCAGCUCCCCUCUGCAGAGCAGCAGCAGCAGCAGCCUGCAAAGCAAAGGCAGGUCUUCCUCUCCGGCCUACUGCCCCACCGACAGACAGACGCAACCUCUCCCUUCCUCUACGUCCACCCUGCCCCGUUUGCCUUCCUCCUCCACCUCCUCUGCCCCGUCCUACGCCUCGUACGCUGCCGCGAAGCGAUCCUCGCUCACAUACUCCUCUGAGGGGAAGGACUCAAUCACCCUGGGAGCCCUGAAAUAAUAAUAAAGAAAACAUUCCUCUUCCUGAUGGUGUGAAUGAAUCAUCUAUGCAGUGUUAGUCUCAGUUUUCACAGCUCCAAAAUACUUUGUAAAUAAGAGGCCAUUUGGGACUGUCCUGUGUGGGAAGGUGUGUGAGAAACAAAUCCACAGAGAAGGAUUAACUUUAGAUGUUUUCUUGCAGAGUCAUAUGAGUUUGACCAAAUCUGAAAAAAGGUGAAUCUCAGGACAGUUGUGCCUCCUCUUACAACAGAGCGAGUUCUAUAAACUCAGUCAAAGCAGAAGAGCUAUGUGAAGAAUACAGAUACAUAACUUAUUAUCUGUUUGUUUGUGUUUUGAUAUUGCUUUUGUGAAACAGUGUAAUACCAUAUGAUCUAAAUUGUCUCCUGCUGGGAAAAAACAACCCUUAUUUAAUAGAAUUUUGUAGUUGUUUAUAUGAAUAAACUUAUUUUGUAAUUUUCA